CAAUGACUUAGCAGCUGGGUGAAAUACAUAUUAUUGAUCCCACUAUCUGCCACAAAGCAUCACUGAGACAGCGUUAGUGAGUGACUGUACUGCGCCAUUCAUCCUCACUGUCAGACUGCUGGUAUAUAAUCUCCUAUUAUUGUCCCGGGAAGUGAUUCUUCUGCUGUGAGAGGCGCGUUCCUGUACACAUGGGGUUUCUGAUUAGAUGCAUUUUGCUGUUCUGCAUCAUCCAGGCAGCCCAUGCUGCAGCAGGAGCAGAGGAUGACGGGCCACUUGUGAACACAAAGUAUGGGAGCCUACGGGGGCGUACGUUGAUGGUAAAGAAGACAAAUAGAACUGUCCAUGGUUUUUUUGGGGUCCCCUUUGCGCAGCCGCCUGUUGGUCCAUUAAGAUUUCAAAAACCAGAACCUCCUAGGCCCUGGAGCUCGGUCAAAGAUGCUUCCAAACAUUCCGCUAUAUGUCCGCAAAGUUUACAAGAACUGCAAGGGAUGAAAGAUGACUUCAAGGGAAACCUUGAGAUACCACCAGUAUCAGAGGACUGUCUCUAUCUAAAUGUCUUCACUCUGGCGGAUCGAGAAGAGAAUUUAAAACUGCCGGUGAUGGUCUUCAUACACCCAGGUGGAUUAAUAACGGGAAGCUCCAUCCAGUUUGAGGCAUCUGCCCUGAGUGCCUAUGAGAGUGUGGUGGUGGUGACUAUCCAGUAUAGGCUGGGGCUACUGGGAUUCUUCAGUACCGGAGAUGAAGCGGCACGUGGCAACUAUGGACUGUUAGACCAAGUGGCAGCUCUGCAGUGGGUGCAAGAAAACAUUAAGGAUUUCGGAGGUGACCCCCAGUCUGUCACCAUAUUCGGCCAGUCUGCAGGAGGAGUCAGCGUCUCUGCUCUGGUAUUAUCGCCGUUAGCCAGUGGACUGUUCCACAGAGCCAUCGCUGAGAGCGGAGUAGCACUGCUUCCUGGCCUCUACACCAAUAAACCCGUAGAUGUCUCUAUUCAAAAUACGGUGGUUAAUAUCUCUGGUUGCCAUCCUGACGCUGUGGUAGAAUGUUUAAAGAAGAAAACCGCAAAGGAGAUCCUGGCGAUAUCUUCGGCCAUGCAUGUAAUCUUUCCGAUCUGUGUGGAUGGCGUCGUUUUACCCAAACCGGUGGAAGAGAUAUUGGCGGGGCACGGAGUCAGCCCUGUCCCCUUUAUAAUUGGGGUGAAUGAACAGGAAUUUGGUUGGCUUAUUCUAAGGAACUUGAAUCUGUCCGGACUAGCUGACGGGAUGGACAUGGACACUGCUGUGAGAACCCUGCGCAUACUUGCUCCAAUAGAUUUUAUUUUCACAUUUAUGCCGCUGGUGAUGGAGGAAUACUUUGGUAACACAAAUGACCCUCAUGAAAUAAGAGACCGGUUUGUGGAUUUGACUGGCGAUGCGUUUUUUGUUAUACCAGCCCUGAAGACUGCAAAUUAUCACAGAGACGCCGGGCAUCCUGUGUUCUUCUAUGAAUUCCAACACCGCCCCUCGUUAUUCCACGAUACAAAGCCGGACUUUGUGAAAGCAGACCACAGCGAUGAGGUGAUCUUUGUGAGUGGCGCUCCAUUCUCGACAGGACAACAUGUAUAUAAAAGUGAGUUCACAGAGAAAGAAGAGGUUUUAAGCAGAACAAUGAUGAAAUACUGGGCUAACUUUGCACGAUCUGGGAACCCCAAUGGACCUGACCUGGUACAGUGGCCGGCAUAUGACGGAGAUGAAGGGUACCUUGCAAUCAGCUUAGAGCAGAAAGCAGCUACGAGGCUAAAGAGAAACAGGCUCAGAUUCUGGACAGAGACCUUCCCUCGGAAGAUGUCGGAGGAACAAGGAGACCACGUAGGGUUGUAGGUUGGAGAUUCGUGCAACCUGUGGUCUCUUCUGCUGUUGUGGAACUCUGCAAGUCCUAUACCGCACAGCUGUUGGGGGGGAGGAGGAGACAAGUUACCUACCUCAGAUAUAUUUAGAUAUGGAAAAAUUUCCAAUGGAUUCAAAUAUUUGUUAGGUUUGGUAAAGCUCAGGGCAAUCACCGUUGUUCAGAUUCAGACAGCAAAUUUAAAAAAAAAUAGACAAAUAGAGAACAUUUUUAAGAAUUAAGAGAAAAAAUUGUCUAAUUCAGUCAGUUAGUCAAUAUUUUUCAUGACAUUUUAACAUUUUGUAAAGAUGAAAUAUGAUUAAAUGUUGAAUAAAAAUGUGUAUAUAUUU